AUGUAUGACGAAUGUUUAAUUUAUAAAAUCUUUGUUCCAAAUGAAAUCGUUCAAUAUUAUUUUCCAAAUUAUUUAAUUGCUUAUAAAGAAAAUAAUUUAUUAAAUUAUCAACGUCGAAUAUAUUUUUUUUCUUCAUCAAAUUCCACUCGAAUUCCAUUUGAUGAUUAUAUUGACCAAAAUUCCAAUUGGAUUUCAUUAAAAUCAUUUCUUCAGAUUUUACUUCGAGAACCAAAUUCACAAAUUCGUUAUAGUUUUGUUCUUUUGGAUAAUUAUUUAAUAUUUAUUCGAGUUCCAUAUCUUCUUCCGAAAUCCUUUCAUCCAUUAUGUAAACACAUCACAAUUUCAAGUCGAUCACAAUAUGUUCGAUUUGCAGGAGAAAUUUGGUGCGAUGAAUUCAAACAAAUUUAUGUGAAUAAUAAUUCAGGAACAUAUCGACCUUCAGAUGUUUUAAUUCAAUCAAUUAUUGAAUUCUUUUCUUAUUUGUUACCAAAAAAACAAUUUUAUGGAAUUUCUUAUCGAAUUAAUGCUUUACCACCAAUGAGAGAAAGAAUUCUUUGA